CUUACGUCGGCUGCUUUCUCUUUUUUCACACAUCAAUCAAUUGCAGAUUCUUCAAUUAUUCUGCUGUAAUUUUUGAAGCUACUAUAUAUGAGAAAAAAUGAGAGCAACAGUGAACAUCGUGAAUCUUGGACGGAUGGCCUUCAGUGAUGCUUUGAACAUCCAACAUACGCUCUCUCGAAUGCAUCUGGACCAUCUUGCAGGAAAGACAACAACACCGGGGAAAAAUACUCUACUCCUCGUGGAACAUCCUCCGGUCUUUACAAUUGGAUACAGAACUGAUGAAAAUGUUGAUAAAACUGAUGAGGAGAGACUGAAAAAUCUUGGUGCAGACUUUCACAAAAUCAGGCGUGGUGGAUUGGUAACAUUUCAUGGCCCAGGGCAACUGGUCGCAUACCCUGUUCUGAAUUUAAGAGACUUUAAAAAGAGCAUCCGGUGGUAUGUUUGCUGUUUGGAGAAAUCAUUGAUAAAAACUUGUGCAAAGUUAGGAGUCACUGCCUCUAUAACAUCAGAUAUUGGAGUGUGGGUGAAUCGGAAUAAAAUUGCUGCACUUGGAAUUAGUGCACGAAGAUUUGUUACAACGCAUGGGAUUAGUUUGAAUUGUAACACAGAUCUUGAUUGGUUUUCUCAUAUUGUACCAUGUGGGAUCUCAGGGGAGGAGAAGGGUGUGACAAGCCUGUCUAAAGAACUCGACAGAGAUGUGACUGUGGAAGAGACGGCAGAACUAUUUGUGGAUUCAUUUUGUGAAAUUAUAGAUUGUGAUUCAGUCCAUAAGGAUGUGAAAAGUUUUGACAAUGUUAUUAACUGUUCCUGAUGUGCCUUCUAGUUUUGUCUACAAUAAGGUUUAGUUACAAUAUUUCCCAAUAAUCAUGAUCAUAAAGAUUGACAACAAUCAAAUCAAAGUCAAUAAAUGUGGUAUCAAUGCACUUUAUGUUUUGGUUGAUGAUUCAAAUCAGUUGAUUUGCAAUUGUGUAUAAGUUGGUGCGAUAGU